AUCCCUAACUUCCCCCCCAAAAAUUAUAAAGGCCACACACAGCUGACAGCGCCAAUUUCAAUCUAGCAGAUAAGGUUUCUCUCUCCCUCCUCCCUUUCUGUGUCUGCCGUUUUUUUGUACAAAACCAAUCUUGUGGCUCACACGCAGAAGAAGAGAAACAGAUUACAACACACUCUACUCUGUGCGUGUGUUGUCUGUGAGCUUUUCUGUUCUUCGCAUUGUGAACCCUAACAAAUUCAAUAGAAUUGGUUCUUGAAAUUUGAAGUUACUUAAUAUGACUAUGACACUCCAAGCUGCUCUCGCUCGCAGGCCCUCACUCCCUCCAUUGAACUCUCUUUCUCUCGCUCUGAAACCCCGGAUUCCGAACUUCCCUUCUCAAAUUGCUUUCCCUAGAGGAGUAAAUGAUAGGUUUAGUGACUCGGUUUCUCUAAAGUCCAGAUUUUUGUGGCAUAGUUUAGUUGUCUCCUGUUCAUUGAAUUCAGAGAAUGUAAAUUCAGCUACUGACUCUGUUAGUAAUAAUUUUACUGAAAACUCCGAAACAGAUGAGUUUGCAAAUACAGUUGACUCGACCGAAAGCAUGGGUGGAGGGGAGGUGGAGGGUGAGGUGAAGAAUGGGGAUGUGAACAAGAAGUUGCCAAUAAUGGUGUUUCUGAUGGGAGUAUUUGCUAGGUUAAAAAAUGGAUUUGAGAGCUUGUUGCAUUCAGACUGGUUCAGCUGGUGGCCGUUUUGGCGGCAGGAGAAGCGGUUGGAGCGGUUGAUUGAGGAGGCUGAUGCAAAUCCAAUGGACGCAGCUAAGCAAAGCGCUCUGUUGGCUGAGCUAAAUAAACACAGCCCUGAGUCUGUCAUCCAGCGUUUUGAGCAAAGGGCACAUGCUAUAGACAGUAGAGGAGUAGCAGAAUAUCUUCGGGCGCUAGUGGUGACUAAUGCAAUUGCUGAAUAUUUGCCUGAUGAACAAUCUGGAAAGCCUUCUAGUCUUCCUUCUUUGUUGCAAGAGUUAAAACAACGUGCAUCAGGGAACAUGGAAGAGCCUUUUAUGAGCCCCGGUGUAUCUGAGAAACAGCCGUUACAUGUUAUGAUGGUGGACCCCAAAAUCACAAAUAGAUCAUCACGUUUUGCACAAGAAGUCAUAUCAACUAUCUUGUUCACUGUUGCUGUUGGUUUGGUUUGGUUAAUGGGUGCUGCUGCUCUUCAGAAGUAUAUUGGUAGCUUAGGUGGGAUUGGAACUCCUGGAGUUGGUUCUACUUCUUCUUAUGCCCCAAAAGAGUUGAACAAAGAAAUAAUGCCAGAGAAGAACGUGAAGACAUUCAAAGAUGUCAAAGGCUGUGAUGAUGCUAAACAAGAGCUUGAGGAGGUUGUUGAGUAUCUUAAAAAUCCUUCAAAGUUCACUCGACUAGGAGGGAAGUUACCUAAGGGAAUUCUUCUAACUGGAUCACCUGGAACAGGAAAAACUUUGCUUGCCAAGGCAAUUGCUGGAGAGGCUGGGGUACCUUUCUUUUACAGAGCAGGAUCUGAGUUUGAGGAAAUGUUUGUGGGUGUUGGUGCUCGACGUGUGAGAUCUUUGUUUCAAGCUGCUAAAAAGAAGGCUCCGUGCAUCAUAUUUAUCGAUGAAAUUGAUGCUGUUGGGUCUACUCGGAAGCAGUGGGAAGGUCAUACGAAGAAGACACUGCAUCAGUUACUUGUAGAAAUGGAUGGAUUUGAACAGAAUGAGGGAAUUAUUGUGAUGGCCGCUACCAACUUGCCUGAUAUACUUGAUCCAGCUUUGACAAGACCUGGUAGAUUUGACAGGCAUAUUGUUGUUCCUAAUCCGGAUGUGCGGGGUCGUCAAGAGAUAUUGGAACUCUACUUACAAGACAAACCUGUGGCAGAUGAUGUUGAUGUAAAAGCAAUUGCACGUGGUACUCCAGGAUUCAAUGGGGCAGAUCUUGCAAAUUUGGUAAAUAUUGCUGCAAUUAAGGCAGCUGUUGAAGGUGCUGAGAAGUUGACAGCAGCACAGUUAGAGUUUGCCAAAGACAGGAUAAUAAUGGGAACUGAAAGGAAGACAAUGUUUCUUUCUGAAGAUUCAAAAAAGCUCACUGCAUAUCAUGAGAGUGGCCAUGCAAUUGUUGCAUUGAAUACUGAAGGUGCACAUCCAAUUCAUAAGGCUACAAUUAUGCCACGUGGAUCUGCUCUUGGCAUGGUUACUCAGCUUCCUUCUAGUGAUGAGACUUCAAUCAGCAAGAAGCAAUUGCUGGCACGCCUUGAUGUCUGUAUGGGAGGAAGAGUAGCUGAAGAGCUUAUCUUUGGCCAGGACCAUAUAACUACUGGAGCAAGCAGCGAUCUUAACACAGCUACAGAGCUUGCUCAAUAUAUGGUAUCAACCUGUGGGAUGAGUGAUGCAAUUGGGCCUGUCCAUAUUAAAGAACGACCUGGUUCAGAAAUGCAAUCCCGUAUUGAUGCUGAAGUGGUUAAGCUAUUGAGGGAAGCUUAUAAUCGCGUAAAGGCCCUACUGAAAAAGCAUGAGAAGGCAUUACAUGUGUUGGCAAAUGCACUUCUGGAGUAUGAAACGCUUAAUGCUGAAGAAAUUAGGCGCAUACUUCUUCCUUAUAGUGAGGGACGGUUAGCAGUAGAACAGGACCAGCAACAGGCGGAGGAAGAACUUGUACUGGCUUAACCCAGCAUUUCUCGGCCAACAUUUAUAUUUCUCAGAUACACAAGUGGAGGUGAGCUGUGUACAGUAUAAUUAGCUUGUCAGCAUUCAUUAAUAGUCCAUUUAAACAUUUCAUAUUUGUUGUUGUAACAUACCAACCGCACAAUUUGAAGCAAACUCCUGAUUUAGUUAAAAAUAUACAACUGGUAUAGGAAGCAAUCAAUAUAUUAUUAUUUGCACUUGUACUGAAUUUUUGGGAAAUUGGGAUAUGAGAAUACAUUGAAAACCUGA